GGAGGCGGGACUUCCGGCAUCGCAGGUUGGACGUAAAGUGACAGACUUCACCUCCUUAAAAUUGGAAGAAAAGCCGAAGGACGACGCGUUACAAGUUAUAAACCAAUUGUAAUGACUUUCAGACAUGGACGACAGAAACCUUCAUCAUCGCUUCUUAAACUGGCGGAGACGAAUUCGAGACAUCCGUGAGGUGCGAGCCAUCCGUUACCGGGAGCGGCUCAAAAAGAUGCAGCGAGUAGGAGACAUACUCAGGUAUCAUGGGAAUUCAGAUGAAGUUGGCUGUUUUGUGGCAGGCAGACCGUUGUCUAGAAGAAAUCGCUACUUUGAAGUGACCAUCAGGGAUACGGGAGUGAGGGGAAUGAUCGCUGUGGGUUUGGUGCCUCAGCUCUACAAACUGGACCAUCAGCCAGGCUGGCUGCCGCAGUCGGUGGCUUUCCACGCUGAUGACGGCAAGCUGUAUAACGGUAAAACCGUAGGACAGCAGUUUGGUCCAAAAUGCUGCAGUGGGGACAAGAUAGGCUGUGGAAUAUCCCUGGACCCCGACGACGGACAGCUGACUGUGUUUUUCACCAGGAAUGGGACCGAAAUUGGCAGUGUGGACCUCCCAGACCCUCCCGACGCUCUGUACCCCGCCGUCGGGAUGCACUCGCUCGGGGAGGAGGUGUUGCUGAACCUCAGUGCGGAAUGGGGGCCGGAGGAGGACGACGGACAGAUGAUCGUGGACAGUCAUGAGGAGGACUGGAGCCGUCUGCAUGACGUGAAGGUGACUGGAACGCUGCUGGAGUACGUGGGAAACGGGAAGAGCAUCGUGGACGUGGGCCUGGCUCAGGCCCGCCGGCCCCUCAACACGCGCUUCCACUACUACGAGCUGGAGAUCACAGACGCCGGGGAGAAGUGCUACAUCGCCCUGGGGCUGGCGCGCAGGGACUACCCGAAAAAUAGGCAUCCCGGUUGGAGCCGAGGCUCGAUAGCUUACCAUGCCGAUGAUGGGAAGCUGUUCCACGGCAGCGGCGCCGGGGACCCGUUCGGGCCGUGCUGCCUGGAAGGAGACAUCAUGGGCUGCGGCAUCAUGUUUCCACGUGACUUCAACAUUGACGGCGGAGACGACGGCGACGACUGGGACUUGGACGUGGUUUCGAAGCUGGACCAGGUUCAGAAUGACUUGUAUGCCGACAAUGACGACGGGAACGAGGAAGGAGAAGAUUUAGAGGGGAGGAAGGUCAUGGUGUUCUUCACUCGGAACGGCUCGGUGGUGGGCCGGAGGGAGGUGGCUCUGCCCGUAGGAGGCUUCUACCCCACCAUCGGCAUGAUGAGCACGGGGGAGAAGGUCAAAGUGGACCUGCACCCUCUCAGUGGCUGAGCCGGCUGCAGGAAAUGAAGGCCGAGCGAUGAAAUCCCAGCAAGGACACAUGAUUGAGCUGGAGUGCGUUUUGAAGAUUGGGCACUAAAUAAUGCCUCCACCUCGCUGAACUUCCCAAAAUGUUUCCUUGAAAGGUGGCCUCAGUGUGAGGGCUGACUCUCACUCCCUCAUGCUGUUCAAAUCACGUCACUUGCUGGCAAAAAAAGAAAAAGAAAAAAAAAGAAACAAUGUUUUAUUAGAAAUGAUGAAAAUCCAGUAUGUUAGUAUUGCAUUUGUGCCUAAAGUUAUUCUGAAAUCAUUUUGUACUGUAAGAAACUUUAAACCAAUUUGAGGUUUUAGGGCUAAAAUACUUUGGACGGUUUCAAUCACAAGUGAAAGAAAUGACACAUCAUGCCAAA